GCUCUCAUACACGAGGCUCGCAACGGCGGCUGACAGCGGCGCCCCUGAUGCAAGCGGCUGCCUUGUGGAGUACCGACGCGGUGUUCGUCUGCAGACAAUUUUUGGGGAGGCUUCUUCCGUUGGUGAAGAUGAGGCUUCUGGAGGCACGACGACGGGGAGAUCGCCGGUGUACUGGUGGAUUUGGACGCGGAUGGGCGUGCCCGCGUGGGACUCUUGCAGGGGAUGAAGAUUAAUUACUUCAUCCUCUGCGUUCACGCCAGGCUCCUUGCCUCCUUCUCUGGUACCACCUCUGGCUCGUCCGCGUCAAGCACCAUCGAUCCCUGCCCCGACACCACUCUUCGGCUUCACAUCAUCAUCAGAUCAUAUCUUGCGCCAGCAUGUUUAUUCAAUACCGCUCCGAAUGGCUUGAGUCGAGGCUUCUCUUCCUGCUCUGCAUUCCACUAUGAGUUAGCAACAAAGCCAUAUUGUUGGGUCAGCUAUCUCCAACGCUCUAUCUGGAAGAGCAUCCUCGCAAAACUUGUGCAGACCCAAUGAAUCUCUAAAUGUGUC